GCCAUAUGUCACACGUGUGCAUACUUUAUCCUCCAUCUUGACAAAGCCAUUCAAAUCAGGUCUCACGGUGCGGGCGCAUCCUAGUCAGAAAAAAGACAUGUGAGACCCAAGACAUUUUCUUCCUCUACUCCUCUCUCUUUCCCAAUCUCACUCAGGCGUGUCCGUAAUGGAGGCUAUGCUUGAGCUCGUCAGCCGCCUUGCCUAUCCAUCCAUCCCCGACCCACGUCCCACAACAGCGAAGCGGAGGGACCGAUGGCAUGCCGGGUGGACGCCGCGCCGGGAUAGGCCUCGCGCGGAGGGGCUUGGCAUGCGAGCAAACCCGCAUGAAGGCGGCGCCGGUGCACGAGACGAAGGGAUCGGGCGGGGCUGAGCUCACGGGCGCGAUAGCGCGCAGAGGGCUCGGCUCGUGUGGAGAUGGAUGAGGUAGAUGUUGUGCUAGGAGCAGGGGGGCAGGGGCUGCACGACGAUAUGAUGACCUUGACGAGCUUGUAGACGCAAGCCGCGUCGGGGCACCCAAGUAUAUAUGUCCAUCAUUGCCGUGGCUUUCACACCAGCGACGCCGUUGCACCAUGGAAUUCUAGCUCAGGACAGGCGAAUCCAAUCGCCCCACUAGAAAAUAUUGCUUAUUGAAGCGAUAGAUUGAAUAAUCACAGAACAUGUGUACAUAUAGACAUCCUCCUUGCCAUAACCACUUAACCGACUUAUAGCAACAGGAUCGGAAGGAUUAGGAAGGGAGAUUAACACUUAUCUCCUUGUGUUGUUGUCCUUGCUCAGCGGAAGCACAUAGCCAAUUCAGUUUGAAGUCGGUCGAUAAAUCGAUCUAUGUGGCUUGGAUCAUUAAGUACGGCAAGGCCACCUUCAAUUAAUUUUGCUUCAGUUUUCAUCAGAAAGGCUCUGGUUUUUAAUGUUGUUGCUGGGUUAUUUCGUUGAUUGCCGAGAAUUCGAGCAUGCGAUCGGUGUGUGAGCAUGUUCACCGGUUGCAGGCUUGCAACAAUUAAAAAGGCUUCCUUUUUUGUUCAGGAGCUAUCUGUUUUAUUUCAGGGAUGGUUAUUUGGUUAACUUGUCUUGACAGUUGACACGUAGAUUUGCGGGCGAAGGGUUGCUGCUACGACAUGCAGAUGCAGGGAAAAGAUAAAGGGAGUAGAGGAGGAAGAUGUAUGUCACUUACAGGUGGGCCCCAUGUGCCUUUUAAUUUCUUUUUACUAAAUAGGAUGCUACGUCAGUGAAACCGUCAUCUAUACCGUCGUCAAAGGACCUGAAUUAUACGGUUCUGUUAAGAUGGAGAGUGAAGAUUUCUGGUACCGCGGUUUAGGAAUAUAAGUUAAACUAGACGUAAAGAUGACGGAUGGCAAGUGAACUUAUUCCGCCCGUAGUUUGAUAAGUUCAAUAAUGGGCCAGGGCCUAACAUCUUCGUGGAGAUCAAACGGCGUCGGGUGGGCUAUAUAAAGAAGGAAACAAAAUACGCUUUCAGACUGGGAAAGCGGCAUUUGAAAUCACGCUUCCUCUUUGCGAGUUGCGACAAGGGAAAAAAAAAAAACCAACGGAAGACAGAAACGCCUGCCCCGAUCCCCAUGGCGGGGCUCGCCGGCGACGACUCCUCAUUCUUCGGGGACGACGGCGACGGCGAUGAGUUCUGCUACGGGCCGUUCGACGUCGAGGAUCUCUGCUACGGCGCCUCCGAUGUCGACGACGAUUGGGAGGAGUUCUGCGACGGCCCCUUCGGCGGCGGCGGCGUGGAGGAGUUCUGCGUCUCCGGUUUCUCCGUCCGCGACCUCUCCGACGCGUCAUCCUCCGGCGCCCGCGAGACGGGCGACCCCCACGACGACGAUCCCCUCCCCCAAACCCUAGCCCGCUCCCUCGACUCCGACGGCGACCUCUCCGCCACCCUCCACCAGAUCGUGUCCGCGAUGCGCCUCUCCGAGGACGAAGAGGAGGAGGAGGAGGAGGAGCUACUGGUCCUCGGCCACGGCCACGGCGUCGGCAUCGGCGGCGGCGGCGACGUAGAUGGGUUCAUGGUGAGCGCCUUCGAUCUCGACACAGCGAUGGCCAUUGGGGGCAUCCUCGAGGACAUCCACGAGGUGAUGGGCGCCGAUGAGGUACGGGAAGAGGUGGUGGUGGAGGAGGAGGAGGCCGGCAAUGGCGGGGGGAUCAUGCCGAAUGGAUUCGAGUUCGGGCCGCCGCCGCGGGCCAUCAGUGGCACCGCCGCGGGAUUCCGGAUGAUGGUGGACGCCGAUGACACUGACUCCGAUGACUUCCAGUUUGUCGAGGUACUCGGAGGAGGACAGGUCAGGGAGGCCGGUGCCGGCAUGAGCAUGCGGCCCUCGCGUGCGUCCCAAUUGGUGGUGGAGAGCUUGCCGGAGGCGACGCUCAGUGAAGAGGAGGCCUCUCGUGGCUGCGCCGUGUGCAAGGACUCUUUUGCGUCGGGGCAGAUCGUCGCCUUGCUCCCGUGCAAGCAUUACUUCCAUGGGGACUGUAUCUGGCCAUGGUUAACUAUCAGGACCACUUGCCCUGUCUGCCGGCACCAAGUUCGCACUGAAGAUGACGAUUAUGAACAACGUAUGGCUCGGCGCGUGAUUGUUCUAGCAGCAGUGGAGCAUCAGGGUGCACCGGCACAGGGCUGUGGAGACAGCGCAACCAUGGGUGCUGAAGGCGCAAGUGAAUGUGUGGUAGAAAAUGGACCUGAGAAAACUUCAUUUUGAUGCGGUCCCAGUAUUUGGUAUGAUGAUCAGGCAGCUAAGACAAGAAACUGAACUGACGUAGGUAGAGGGACCCCCCAACUCCCUUGGAAUGUUGGCAGGAAAACUGUACCGGCAUCCAACAUUUUGGCUAACACUCAGCAUAUUGUUGUCCUAUGAUAUGCUGUAAAUGUACAAAACUAAGUAGUUCGAUCCACUCAUUUUCUCGUUCUUCGGCUCGUAUGAAUGAUGAGUUGUCGGUUAUCUUCAAGGCUCUUGCACUAAUCUGAUUAGCUACAGUUCCUUUUUCUUGUUUCUGAAGCUGAAAACAGAAUUCCCCUUCGAAUGCAUGAUUUGUAAUGGUUGGGAUUUGUUGAAUCUUUUAUCAGAUCGCCCAGGAGAUUGCUUCUGA